ACAGGGAGAGAGGGUCGGAGAGGAACUCUAGGAGGGAAGACAGGGAGAGAGGGUCGGAGAGGAACUCUAGGAGGGAAGACAGGGAGAAGCCUCGGCUAACUGAAGAGGGAAGAAAGGAGUGUGUUGGUGUGGAACGGUCUUGUUGUGGCCAGUGGUGGGCUGGUCUGGUGUUUCCUGUCCAUUCAAGGGCAUUCCAUCUGCUGAGACCUGGACAGGAGAGAGACAGCGGAGAGGAGCAACCAGCCACAUAGGUCUCACUGGGUUGGAGAGAGAGAGGGGGACAGGGAAGGAGGGAGAGACGCAGAAGGAAGGAGGCUACGAGGGGAGCCACAUGGUCUCAGUCCCACAGGGAGCUACUCUUCUGGGGACAUUAGACUGACGAGCCACAGUAGUCUGCUACUACCAUGGGGGACUGGAACCUGCUGGGGAAGCUGCUGGAGAAAGCCCAGGAACACAGCACCGUAGUGGGAAAGGUCUGGCUCACGGUCCUCUUCAUCUUUAGGAUCCUGGUCCUGAGCGCCGCAGCAGAGAAGGUGUGGGGGGACGAGCAGUCAGGGUUCACCUGCGACACCAAGCAACCUGGAUGUGAGAACGUCUGUUAUGACAUCACCUUCCCCAUCUCUCACGUCCGCUUCUGGGUCCUACAGAUCAUAUUCGUCUCCACGCCCACCCUCAUUUACCUGGGUCAUAUAUUACACCUGGUGAGGAUGGAGGAGAAACAGAAGCAGAGAGAGAAGGACGCAGAUCGGGCCGGGGACAAACUGGAGACGAGAGCCUGUAAAGCCCCGGUGAGGGACGACAGUGGUAGGGUUCGACUGAAGGGGGAACUACUGAGGACCUACGUGUUCAACGUCAUCUUCAAGACGCUGUUCGAGGUGGGCUUCAUCGUCAUGCAGUACCUGCUCUAUGGCUUCCAGCUGCAGCCCAUGUACACCUGUGACCGCCCGCCCUGCCCCAACACAGUCAACUGCUACAUCUCCCGACCCACAGAGAAAACCAUCUUCAUCAUCUUCAUGCUAGUAGUGGCAGGUUUGUCUCUGUUCCUCAACCUGAUAGAGAUGUACCACCUGGGAUCCACUAAGUGUCGCCAGGGGAUCAAGUACCACCGGGAGGAUCUGAGCUCAGACUCUGUCUCCAAGGAGCCCAGCGAGGUGGACGAGGCUGUACCCUACGCUCCCAGCUACGACCACUACCACGGAGGCCAGCCAGCCUACCCCCAACUCCAACCAGACCAGCAGGUCCAGCUAGCAUACCCUCCUGUCCCCAGCUAUAACAUGUCCCCGCUAUCUGAGGAGACUGACUCCACCUACCAGCCCUACCACAACAAGGCAGCCUACAAGCAGAACAAGGACAACCUGGCGGUGGAGAGGAGUGGCAGCAGGCAGCCGGAAGAGGAGGGGGACUUGAAAGGGAAGAAGGGUGGAGGAGAAACAUGGGGGGGGUCGGAGCCAGGUUCCCCAUCUCUAGCCCGGGCUGGACGCACCACUGCUAAACACGGCAACAACAAGACCAGAAUAGACGAUCUGAAGAUCUGAGAGGGGGGUUAGGUUGCUAUGACGAUGUCUUAGGUUCCUUCCGAGGGUCUUAUGUUGCUUGAAAGGCAUUCUUAGGGUUCUGCCCCAAAUGGCACCCAAUUCGCUAUAGUGCACUACUUAAGACCGAGGCCUGUGACAGUCCAGAGCUCCGGUCCAAAGUAGAUCACUAUAUAGGGAAUAGGGUGCCAUUUGGGACACAGGUGUGUCCAACAGAGCUGACGCCAUCCUGCCCUCCCCCCCGGUGGCCUGGUGGAUGGCAGAGCUUUGACUCACUGGGGGGGAAUGACACUUGUAGGACACACAAAUAAGCUUUGAGCGUUACGGUUGUAAAACACGAUCUACGAAGGGACAAUUGGGUUUCAUAUUAUAUGACGAACCGCGAUGUCUCAAAUCUCUUUUAGAAAACCUUCUCGUUCUGGUCUCUACGUGGGAAAGAAGGUUCUGGUCUCUACGUGGGAAAGAAGGUUCUGGUCUCUACGUGGGAAAGAAGGUUCUGGUCUCUACGUGGGAAAGAAGGUUCUGGUCUCUACGUGGGAAAGAAGGUUCUGGUCUCUACGUGGGAAAGAAGGACCACGUCCAUUAAAAACAACAACUAUUAUAUUGGAAAUGUUUGUGCAUUUCAGACUCUGAAGAAUAAGAGGAUAUAUUUGACAUGUAGUUAUCGAAUGUUGUGAGUUGUGUUGUAGUAAUGAUUCUAUAUUGGGGGGAAAGGAUGUUGUUUAACAUUUGACAAAGUAAAAUAAAAUGUUUGAAUGAA